UUUUUUUUAGACCUUUUGUAGGAAUGAGAUGAAAGUGUUUUAUUUCUCUAGUCCAAGCACUUUUCACUUUCCUUGGCAAGUGGCUUGUAGCAACAUACAUCUUCACAACUAUGUGCAGGUGAACUUCUUGACAGUCCAGAAAUGAGCUCUCUGCUUUCGCACACUGGCCCUUAUAGCAGUGGACUGAUAAAGCAGUCAGAUUUGGGAGUUCUAUGCACAGAAUUUCAGACUUCAGUCCUAUUUAAUUUGGGACUACGUACAAAGAUAUCUGCUGACAUUUGCUCAGUGACACACAAGAAGCACGUCGUAGAAAGCUGAAAACACACACACCAAUAAAACUUUGGAGACUGCAGCUCCAAGGCGAAACAUGCUUUACUUUAAGGGGUUGGUUCUGGGCCAAUCACCAAGCAGCAGUCCUAGCUCUGCCAGGAUCAGGUGAAGGCGAUAAGCUCGAAUCACUUCUGCAACCUGUCGCGCACCAGCACACAAGUCACUGGGAGCCACAGAGGAAAGUUUGUCAAAGUUUCGGACAGAGCCAAUUCAGGUCCCACCGUCCAGGCGGCAGCUUCAGGUGCACCACGCGGUGCCGGGGACUGCGGCGGAGUGUUCGACGACUCCGCGUGGCCGGGGAGAUGCGGGAUGGGAGCUUCCCUGCAGACAAGCAGCCUCCGUGGCCUGAAGCCGCGAGAGAUCCGCAGCGCCACCAGCCCACGUCGAGGCUUCGGCUGUGGUCGCCCGUCCCUAGGGCUGGGCGACCCCAAGUUCCCGCUACACCGAAGCCCCGGGAGCGGGUCACCCCCAAGCGCGCAGCCCAGUGCCCGCCUCCGUGCCUCCCUGCGCCGGCGCCAUGGAGACAGUCACAAGACGCCCGCGGCUGGCGCGUCGGCCAAUGGGAGCGCACGUCGCGGGGAGACGCGGACGUCGCUCUUCCAAGAUGGCGGCGCGUCCGUCGCGAGCAGCCGGGCCCGGGGGAAGCCAGCGAAGCCGAGUAAAGCCGCCGCCCCGGACGGGAUUGAAGGAGCAGUUGCCGCCCUUGGCGGCGGCUCGGGCAGUUUCCGCUGCUGCUACGGCUGUUGCCAUGCGGCGAGGCUAGGGAGGACCUCACUUCCCCGGGGUGUAAUGAUGUUAACAGAGGCCAGUCUGUCCAUAUGGGGAUGGGGAAGCCUUGGCACUGUCCUUUUUCUAAUAACCUUUGGACCCUUUGUAAUAUUUUAUUUGGCAUUUUAUAUCCUCUGCUUUGUGGGUGGGGGUUUAGUGGUUACUCUCUUGUUUGGGAAAACAAACUCAGAAAAAUACCUAGAGCAGUGUGAACACUCUUUUCUUCCUCCAACAUCUGCUGGAGUUCCUAAGUGCUUAGAAGAAAUGAAGCGGGAAGCCAGAACUAUUAAGAUUGAUAGAAGAUUGACGGGUGCCAAUAUAAUUGAUGAACCUCUCCAGCAAGUUAUCCAGUUUUCCUUGAGGGAUUAUGUCCAGUAUUGGUAUUAUACACUAAGUGAUGAUGAAACAUUUCUUCUUGAAAUUAGGCAAACUCUUCAAAACGCACUCAUUCAGUUUGCUACAAGGUCUAAAGAAAUAGACUGGCAGCCUUAUUUUACUACACGCAUUAUAGAUGAUUUUGGCACUCAUCUACGGGUAUUCAGAAAGGCCCAGCAGAAGAUAACCGAGAAAGAUGAUCAAGUUAAAGGUACAGCAGAAGAUCUUGUAGAUACCUUCUUUGAAGUUGAAGUUGAAAUGGAGAAGGAAGUUUGCCGGGAUCUAGUGUGCACUUCUCCCAAAGACGAAGAAGGAUUCCUAAGGGAUUUGUGUGAGGUUUUAUUAUACUUAUUACUACCUCCUGGAGAUUUCCAGAACAAGAUCAUGCGAUAUUUUGUCAGGGAAAUCCUUGCACGAGGAAUUCUUCUUCCAUUAAUAAAUCAACUCAGUGAUCCUGAUUAUAUUAAUCAAUAUGUCAUAUGGAUGAUUCGUGAUUCAAAUUGCAACUAUGAGGCCUUUAUGAACAUUAUUAAAUUAAGUGACAAUAUUGGAGAGUUAGAAGCAGUCAGAGACAAGGCAGCAGAAGAAUUACAAUAUCUUAGAUCUUUAGAUACAGCUGGUGAUGAUAUUAACACUAUCAAAAAUCAAAUAAAUAGCUUAUUAUUUGUAAAGAAAGUAUGUGACUCAAGAGUACAACGGUUGCAGUCAGGCAAAGAAAUAAAUACUGUGAAACUAGCAGCAAACUUUGGGAAACUUUGCAUAGUUCCCCUGGACAGCAUUCUUGUAGACAAUGUUGCACUACAGUUUUUUAUGGAUUACAUGCAGCAAACUGGAGGUCAGGCACAUCUUUUCUUUUGGAUGACAGUGGAAGGAUACCGGGUUACAGCACAACAGCAGCUAGAGGUUUUAUCAACUCGUCAGAGAGAUGGAAGACAUCAAACCAACCAAACCAAAGGUCUUUUAAGAGCAGCUGCUGUUGGAAUUUAUGAACAGUAUUUAUCUGAAAAGGCAUCUCCAAGAGUUACUAUUGAUGACUAUUUAGUAGCAAAAUUAGCAGAUACUUUGAAUCAUGAAGAUCCAACGCCUGAAAUCUUUGAUGACAUUCAGAGAAAGGUAUAUGAAUUGAUGCUCCGGGAUGAAAGAUUUUAUCCUUCCUUCAGGCAGAAUGCACUCUAUGUGAGAAUGCUAGCAGAGCUUGACAUGUUAAAAGAUCCUAGCUUCAGAGGAUCAGAUGAUGGGGAUGGAGAAUCUUUUAAUGGUUCUCCUACGGGAAGUAUAAAUUUGUCUUUAGAUGACCUAUCAAAUGUCUCUUCUGAUGAUUCCAUACAACUUCAUGCCUACAUUUCAGACACUGUAUAUGCUGACUAUGACCCAUAUGCUGUGGCAGGCGUUUGUAAUGAUCAUGGCAAGACAUACGCGUUAUAUGCCAUCACUGUGCACCGGCGCAACCUAAACACUGAGGAGAUGUGGAAAACCUACCGUCGCUACAGUGACUUCCAUGACUUCCACAUGAGAAUCACAGAACAGUUUGAAAAUCUGUCAAACAUAUUGAAGCUUCCUGGUAAAAAGACUUUUAACAAUAUGGAUAGAGAUUUUUUAGAAAAGAGGAAAAAGGAUUUAAAUGCCUAUUUACAGUUACUCUUAACUCCUGAAAUGAUGAAAGCUUCCCCAGCUUUGGCUCACUGUGUGUAUGAUUUCCUUGAGAACAAAGCCUAUAGUAAAGGGAAAGGGGAUUUUGCUCGCAAGAUGGACACUUUUGUAAAUCCACUUCGCAAUUCUAUGAGGAAUGUUUCAAAUGCAGUUAAAUCCCUUCCUGAUAGCUUGGCAGAAGGAAUGACUAAAAUGUCAGACAACAUGGGCAAAAUGUCAGAAAGAUUAGGUCAAGACAUAAAGCAGUCAUUUUUUAAGGUGCCUCCUUUAAUUACGAAGACCGAUUCAGAUCCUGAACACUGUCGAGUCUCAGCUCAACUUGAUGAUAAUGUGGAUGACAAUAUUCCACUUAGGGUAAUGCUGCUUCUAAUGGAUGAAGUGUUCGACUUAAAAGAGAGGAAUCAGUGGUUGCGAAGGAACAUCAAAAACCUGCUUCAGCAGCUUAUUAGAGCAACAUAUGGUGAUACUAUCAAUAGAAAAAUAGUUGACCAUGUUGAUUGGAUGACCUCACCCGAGCAAGUAGCUGACUCAGUGAAACGAUUCAGAGAUGCAUUUUGGCCAAAUGGCAUUUUAGCAGAGGCCAUGCCAUGUAGAGAUAAAGCUACUCGAAUGAGAACAAGAAUUGCAGGAAAAACGAAGUUACUUGCAAUUAUGCCAGAUGAACUGAAGCACAUUAUUGGAGCUGAGACGACUCGGAAAGGUAUUCUUCGUGUUUUUGAAAUGUUUCAGCACAACCAGCUAAAUAGGAGAAUGGUUUAUGUCUUCUUGGAAGGCUUUUUAGAAACCUUAUUUCCACAGUAUAAAUUCCGUGAACUUUUCAACAAACUUCAUUCACGGUCAAGGCAGAUGCAGAAGUAUAAACAGAAACUUCAAACUACUCAAGCGCCUUCUUUACAGAAAAGGUGACACUCAAAUCUCUGAAGCUGGUGUUCAUUUUGUCCAGGACUGAUGGUAUGGAUAGAUCUUCUGGGGCUUAACUCACAUACUGUUGUGUCUGCACCAGUCUUUUAGUGUCUCAACAUAGAUUAUUAGUACAUUCAUAGACUGGUUCUUCUCAUUCUCAUCUAUAAUCCAGCCACUACCAAGAGAGAUUCCUGUGUCUUAAAUGAUUUGGUGCAUAAUUUGCAACAUUGAGAGGAUACUGCCCCCAUCUCAUGCAAGAAUGGAGUUGGUCUCUUCCGUUCCAAACUAAUCAGCAUUUUCCACCAAUGACAAAGUGCCAGAUUGUAUGUCUGAGAGCUAAGGAAAGCACAAAACAAUGGUUCACAGAUCCGUUGCCUAAUUUGUUUAAUAGCUAGAGACUGUGCAAUGUAUGAUUUGGAGAGAUUUGUUUUGCUGAAUUACCUUGUGGGUCUGUGUCAGCAUUUUUUAUCUCAUGUGGAUGAGCCAGGUAAAUCUUUAGAACAAUUGUUUCAAGGUCUGAGAAAUGUGACAGAAUGUCCAUAAAGUAUGAAAUAACCCUUUUCCCUAAAUUAGAGUUUUAUGUUGUAAUGUAAACAAUAUAAAAUAAAACCAAUCAAACCCAGAAUUUGAUUGGAUUUAUUAUUCAUUGGCAUAAACUUUAAUUGAUUUUUAUGUGCUUGAGGGCUCUGUUUUGCUCUUACGGUACUCAGCUAUUAACUUUUCCUUUGGCAUUCUGUGCAAAAGAAGCAUGUGGUAGCUCUCAUGUAAGUUUCACAAUAAGUAUUUUUGUCUUUUUAACAGAUUACUGAUUAUACAGAAGGGGAAUUAUUUAUUGGAAGAACUGCCAAAUACAUUCUGUCCUUCUAAAAAUUGGGAAUUAAAACAGUACUCUAUUGAAAGCUACCAUAUGAUAACUAAAUCAUAUGAUCUAGACAUGCCUUAGAGAAAUAGCAAAUCAAAGGAUUAAUGAGCUUAUAGUCCUAUGUAAACAUAUAAAUGCCUAAUUCUAUUAUGUGUACAUAUAUGAAAAUAAAUAAUGAAAACAGAACUGUACUAUUUUUUAAAAUGCUUUUAUUUAUAUUUCGCAUAAUGUAAAAUUCUAAAUAAAGCUAGUACACAGAAACCUUUGGUGUAUACAUUUAAGUCCCUAAUAUAAUUUUAUACAGUGAAACUGAAUACCUUUUCCAGUUUUGAAGCCUUUACAUUUCCUGGUGUUUUCUCCAUUUUGUCCAUAGGGAAGUCUUCAUACCCUACAUAUGCAGGAUUUCUGCAGUUUUAAAUACUUCCAGUGACUGAGGGUUUGGAUGUAUCAGCUCUUUUUGUUUUAAAAAUAUUUAACACUAAAACCUUAAAAUAGUGAAGCUUCUUAUCAGACCACUGAGCCAGUAUCCUGGUAUUAAAAGAACGUUUGGGUGCUUAAGAUAAAGGGAUAGAGUAUUGGUAUCCCAGUUAUUUGGGAGCUUUAAGAUUGGAACAAGAUACUCAUGUCUUGCUUUCAUUUAGAUCCUACUUACAAAGUAAAGCCUAUUAACAAAGGAAAGCCUUUCUUUAAAGCUUUAUAAUAAUAUUUAUUAAUGCUGUUGUGCAUACUUGUAGUAUGCAUAUAUUCAGCAUGUGUUGCAUGUCUUCAGACUUACUUAUGUAAAAUCCCUUUCCAUGCAACUUGCAAGUGAGAAAGAUUCUGUUUCUUUGGUGGAAGAAAUAUUUCUUCUACUCAGUAUGUCUCCUUCCCCUUGUCCCUUCACCUUUCCCUGUGUCCCAGGCUUUAAAAUUGGGCUGUGUGAAACUUGUCUGUAGGAAGCAUCAGCAUGGCCGUAAGUGCAAUGAUUUUCAUAUAUACCCCUGCCCAUGUAAGUAUAUUUUUACAUGAACAAAGCUAAGUGUAUACAGAAGAAUUCAUGCAAGAGCCUAGUUGUGUACAUGUGAAAAAGCAUUUCUGUAUGAAGUGAGGAAAACUGGCUGUCAACCAGGGAAAGAAAGGUCCUUAAAAUAGCAAAUUUUCCUAACAGCCCUGCAAGACAACUGCAAUCAUACCAAAAAAAAAAUUUGAAAAAAUGGGUUUUUAAAGUAAUUUUUGUUUAAAAGAGUUUAUAUUUCAGAAGCAGAAAUGUCAAACGGUAGCCUAUAUUAACAAUAGUGUACAUCUCUAUGCACAUCUGUAUUUUACGUCAGAGAGUGUGUGGGAAUGUUAAAACUAGAGAUAACCUUUUUGAGUGGCUUGGUCAAGCUGUGUAGAAUAUUUAACCCAUCAGUCAAGUGCAGUGUACCAUGUUUAAUAAAGUUAUUAUGCUUAAUGCUUUUAUUGCAUUUCUGGGUAUAUACAUGAAGUCUUCUGAUGUUCGAUUUCUGAAUGUUUUUAAGUCAGUGGUGCCUUUAGGCAAGAACCUUCAAAAUUAAUCAUUCUUUGGGUUUUCUGAUGUUUCAGGUAACACAAAACUACUUAGAAACCAUCACAGCUUUUUCACUUAAAACUUGAUUGUAUGAUUUAAAUAUAGCACUUAAAUGAGCAUUUCCUAUAAUUAGGGUGUUCUAAAUAGUUGCUGGAAACAAUUGUGCCAUUGACCAAUGGAUGCACUUGGUUAGCCUUAAUUUAAAACAAACAAAAUAAUUUCUUGAAUAAUUCAGUUUGCUCAUUUUAAGUUUGUGCUGCUGCUGUUUGGGGGCAAAAAUCAGUUAAGUGCUACCAGAGAGUGUACCGUUUUUUUAAAAUUAAGAACAAUAUAAAUUUCACAAUCUAAUAUUUUAAUUUUGUGCAAUAUUUUCAUUCAAUGCAUGUGUAUUUGAGUAAUUGUAAAAUAAAUGAAUUUUUAAUGUUUUGAGGUGUAGUUUAACUGUCUUCUUAACCCAACAACUUACAUUCCGUUGUUGCUGCAUCCUCUUAUUUAAAGACUUGUUUUAAAAGUCUUUUUGUCACUCCUUGUAAAAUUCUUUUUAUUAGUAGUAAAUUUUGUUUAUGGGAGCAUGGCUCCUGUAUUGCAAGGGAAAACUAUAAAGAGCACAUUUUAGGAUUAUUAUUGUUAAAAAAUACCUUGUGCAUAUCAUUGUACAGUUAAGUGUCAGUUGUGUGCCUAACUGUUCUAUCAAUGCUCUCCUUCUUUAACAAAGAAGAAAAGAUCAGAAUGUCAGUUAUUUUUAUUAACUAAAAAGAUUAAAAUUUUUAUUUGGUUUGUUAUGUUCUGUCCAUUAGAAAACACUAAUAAAGUAUUAACAAACACUUU